AAAGUGAUCAGCCAGUUGUUGAUAUAGGAUGUGUUCAAAGAUCGUGGAUAACGCUGGAAGGACAGUGAUAGGUCUAAAAUUCACUUUUUCUAGCUGCGAUGUAUUAUGACAGAUUUCCUUUCUUGUAUAGUUUGAAAGCAACAUAAUGAUAUGGAAUCGAAGAAGGUCAAGAAGAGGAAGGAAGUGUUUCCUGUUGAAGUCACCGCUGUGGCUUCGUGUUGUUAUAGCUGGUUGGCUUUCGUUUUCUGCUGUAUUUGGUUUUUAUCUGACCAACUCAGCUUUCCUACAACAUCCAGACACCGUAAGUUACAGAGGACACGUUAAAUUGAAACUUCCCGAUACUUUUGCAUUCCAACAGUCUGAGAAACCUCAAUCUGGAAUAGCAACCAGGAGAAAUUUGAUAAUCAUUGCUCAUGGCCGUUCGGGAUCUUCGCUCACGGGAGACAUUUUCAAUCAUCACCCCGAUGUGUUUUACCUGUACGAACCAUUGCAGACCGUGGAAAGAACUCGUAAAAACUUCAAAUUAGAUUACAACAGCCUUGUACAGAAGUUCUUGACCAAUAUACUGCAUUGCGAUUUCAGCGAGCCGAUCUUCCUCGCCGACAUCGACAGAUAUUACCGCAGACCGCUUCACCCCCGCAUCAGUCAAGCUAUUGCCUCACCGCCUCUUUGCCCUUACAACAUGUCAGACCCGAGAUGGGAUUUCAAGCUUUGCCCAAAAAUGACAAGAGAAACACUUGGAAACGCGUGCAAAAAUGAGUACAAACUUACUGUUAUAAAAAUUCUCAUGAAGCGCCUGGUUGACAAAAGUUUAGAAAAGACUUUAUCUGCUUGCGAUUCUCAAGACAUAAACUGCAAAAUUGUGUUGUUGAUAAGGGAUCCUCGUGCAGUGAUUCCUUCCUCUUUGAGUGUAAACUUCUACAAAGAGGAGGGCGGAACUGCCAAGCUUGGAACAAGAAUGUUUAGCUACAAGUUAUGUAAAGAGACGGAAGAAAGUUUACACUUCCUUAAAAAUCUCCCUGCUUGGAUCCGAAGACAAGUACAAGUUUUAAGAUACGAAGACUUGGCAAUGAAUCCUUUGGAAGAAAUGAGACAUUUGUACAAGUUUGCUGGACUGUCUGUUUUAAAGAGAAUCACGACUUGGUUGAAUGAAAGCACUCAUCCAACCAAAAACAGAUCAAACAUGAAAAUAAAAGGAAGUCCCGCUGCGUUUACUGUAGACGAUGCACAAGCCGCCAUUAAUCGGUGGAGAUGGAAAGUGCAUCCUUACGAAAUAUCUAUUAUCGAGCACUACUGCAAGCAUGUGAUGCAGUUAAUGGGGUACAGACCUGUGGACACAUCACACGAACUGCAAGCAAACAUUUCAAUUCCUCUUGUUAACGAUGAUUAUGAAGCGAAGAAUUGGUGACAUGACUGACGACUGUUUUUCACACUAGUGAUGACGUAGCAUGGACGGAUCCGUGCACUGUAGUAUGUCUGUGCAUCUUGUUUCUGGAGUCACCCGCUGACCGUGAACUACAAUGUAGUGUGUGGUGUUUUGGUUAUGAUAUGGUAAUCCGAAUCCGAGUUUUGAAUUCUUCGGCGUUGUGAUUCUUACGUCUCACUCGAUGAAGAGGGAAUAAGCUGGCAGUGCGGUCGUGGAUGUGAGCGGCCUCACUUUUUUGCCUAAUUUGUUUGUAGUCGCCUCUUGAUGUCUGACAGCUGGCCUGGACGCAUUGAAGACAUUGAAUAUUGCUAAAUGAAGUUCGUUUCAGAGUUCCGCACAAGACGAUAAAUAUGACAUUUUAUUAUCAAAGUGCAUCGUCGUCGUAUUACCUUGGGCUCGGUUCUGGGUUAUUACUUGUAUGAAGUAGUUCAGUUCCCAGGCAUAACUCCGGGCGCGAUUGCUCUUGCAGUUAUGGCAGUAUCCACCCUACGCCGAAAUUUGAAAAACGGUAUUUUCACUCUGAAAACGCAUCAAAGGUUUCUCGUCCACACUACGCCGGAGAAAUUUGAAAACUAAUAAUCACCGGUCAGUUCGGAUUUGUGUUUGCCGAAAACUCUGGCAGGGAAAUCACAGGAUUAAAGUCACGUCACCGUUUUCGACAAAAUCCGUUUUCACAAUGUUUUCGGUAGACACCUAAACGUAAAGCCAGAGUUUUCAAAUUCCUCCGGUUUCAAGAGGAAGGUUUGAAGGUUUGAAGGUUUUCGAAAAGCUCCGUUUUCGUGACGGAUUAGUGUGGACGGUAGGCCUAACCGUAGAAAUAAAGCUGCGUUUUCAAAUUCCUCCGGCGUAGUGUGGACGGACCAUAAAAUGAAAAACUAAAACGUCCUGGGAACAAGAAACCACCGAGUUAUCGCCACGUGUCUCCUGACUCGUCUCAAGUCUCUUUUCAGUGUCUUAAAAUUUUCUCGCUGGGAACUAGUCAGUUUGUAAUGUUCCAAGUCAGGCUGCAUGUUA